CGCGAAAGAACGCGCGCGCGCGUGUAUGCAUGCACGAUAUUUACUUGGAUAACUAUUUCAAUAGCCUAUACUUUAUCUGAUUGCAAGCGUUACGGUAAAAUCCUCAAUAUUUCCAUUUUGACGAAUAAGACAGUUCAUACAAAUUCAUAGUAAUGAUAUUCGUUCGAUCAAAGUUGUAAAUCUCAAAAAGAAAGUAGAAUUGUCGAAGCUGCACCUGAACAAAGUGCAUAGUUCGUGGUGUUAGACUACGCAUUUUCGAUCUUGGAAAAAGAAAAAAGAAACGCUGCCCUUUCUGAUCUUCACACUGUGCGUGUAUUGUUCACCAAUUGUUGAAAGAUGCAUGUUACCUGCAAAUGCUUAAAUGUAUCCAUUAGGUCCAGAAGUACUGAAUUACAACGGAUCGAUAUCGCCAACGUCGAAUUGACCGACCUCGAGCGUGCCGAUGUCUUUUUUCGUGAGGAUCUAGCAAGUGUAUCAGAACUUGAAACUAUUACUAAAGAACAACCUGGUUUAAUGGAAAUAAGAAAUGUCGGAUCAUGGAUUGUACACCGUUGUUAUAAUUGCUCAAUGUAUACUCAUGCGGUUCAUAGAGAAUACGGCGCUGCUUUGGUUCUCAUUAAUAAUAAUAUUGUUUUAUCUUCCGAAGAAAUAAAUAAAUUGAAAUCCAAUCCAGAUUAUAGUCCAGUGUUUAGGAUAGUAAUUAAUCACAGUUUGGAAGAUCUUGAUGAUUAUCUACAACAGCCUAAUAAAUUUUCUGUGUCACAAUUACCUAACACAGUCCAAAUGGCCCUAGAUGCAUUACAACGACAAUUAGAAGAAGCUGUACAACGUCAAACAACGGCGCUAGAAGAUAAGAUACGUACGUUUACUGCUGAACAGUAUCAAUUGUUAGAACAAUUUCGUGAAAGAGCACACAAUGAACACAGACUGUUAUCAAAAUUAGUGUGUAGAGGAGAUGAGACAAAUAGAGUAACGAAUAAUAUAGAAACUCCACCGACAACUCCUGAUAGCUUUAAAAGUACCUUGACUACCUCUGCAACUGAUUCAGUGACUCCAAAAUCCAAUAUAAUAAUUAAUGAUACAAAAAUACCCAGCCCAAACAUUAAACAUGAGACAAUCACUAAAUCCUCUUCUAAAAGUAUUACUAACAAUGAAAUUUUGAGAAAAAAAGAUCCAUUGUACAUUUGUACCAAGGAAUCUGCUACCUUCGAUACGGAAGCGUUGUUUCCUUUUGAAGGAAUGGAAGAUACAGAUGCAGCCAAUCAACAACUUCUAUGGUCUUCGGAAGAAGGAUCUGAUACCGAUGUAAUCUGCUCAGAUUCAAGUCAAAAUGAAGGGAUUCAUAUGCUAAAAAGUCAACGGGAUGGUCAUUCCACGUUAGCAAAAUCGUUGCCUGUCACUGUGCCUGUUUUCCCUUCUAUUGUUCGUCGUGCGAUACAGGAUCAAGACGAUGACCAGUUGCCGAGUGAUCCGCUAGAUCCGCACAAUAUUCGAGCUUCGAUUAAAGCAUUAGCUAAAAGUGUCCAUGGUGAUACAGUAUUUGGAGAUUUACCACGUCCCAGAUUUUCGACACAGAUCUGAUUUAUCAAAUUUGAUGAGAGAAGUUCGACUCAACAUUUCUCAAUUUUUUUAUAUAUAUCAUAGUCCUAAUCAUCCGUCAUUUGUCUUUCAUACAAAAGUUAUAAAAUAUGUAUAAAUAUGGCUUAGAAUAAAUAUAAUCAGUUAUGCAGAGA